AUGGGAGGCACUUUUGAUCCUAUUAAUCCUAAACCAUUUCUUCAAGGCUUAACUGGCCACGGCGUGAUUGUACGUCUGAAGUGGGGCGAGACUGAAUACCGUGGUCGACUAGUGUCUGUGGACUCAUACAUGAAUCUCCAAUUAGACAAUGCUGUCGAAUACAUUGAUGGUGAUAAGAAGGGUCAACUCGGUGAGAUCAUGAUUCGAUGCAACAACGUUCUAUGGGUAGCCGAAGAUAGCUCCUCUGGUGACAUUGACAUGAAUUGA